GUUAUUGUUUAUAUUAAUAUUGCUUUACAUUUGGAAUUUUAUUAGAUUCAAUUUCUUUUUAAAGAAGAAAUGAUAACUAAUAUGUUAUCCAAAAAUGAAGAAAGAAUAAACAUUUCCUAAAUAUAAAUUAUUAAUAACGAAUAUCAAUGAAUAAUAAAAGUAUUCUAUCUUUAAAAGAUAGAAGUUAAAAAUAAACUCUCUCAAAUUGACUGAUUAAUCUUGAAAUGAGUUCUUCAACAGUUGCAGAAAGUAGCAGUAGUUGUUUUGAUAAUGCUCUUACUUUAGAGCUUGGACCUAUGGAGGUUGUUCAUCGAUGGAAACGUAUGCCAGAAUGUGAUGAAUUUGUUGGGGCUAGGAGAAGUAAACACACAGUUGUCGCUUUCAAGGAAGCAAUAUACGUAUUUGGGGGAGAUAAUGGUAAAAGUAUGCUAAAUGAUUUACUCAGGUUUGAUGUUAAAGAGAAAUCUUGGGGCAGAGCUUUUGCAACUGGUAUACCUCCAGCACCUAGAUACCAUCAUUCUGCUGUAGUCCAUAAUUCUUCUAUGUAUGUUUUUGGUGGAUAUACUGGAGAUAUUCAUUCAAAUUCCAAUCUUACUAAUAAAAACGAUCUUUUUGAAUAUAAGUUUCUUUCUGGCCAAUGGAUCGAAUGGAAAUUUAUUGGUACAACCCCAGUACCUCGAUCAGCUCAUGGAGCUGCUGUAUAUGAUAAUAAAUUAUGGAUUUUUGCUGGAUAUGAUGGAAAUGCCAGAUUAAAUGACAUGUGGACGAUUCCACUAGUAGGUGAUGCACGGUUUUGGGAAGAGAUAGAGCAAAAAGGAGAAUGUCCACCAACUUGUUGCAAUUUUCCAGUCGCUGUAGCUAGAGAGUCUAUGUUUGUUUUCAGUGGGCAGAGCGGCGCAAAAAUUACAAACUCCUUAUUCCAAUUCAAUUUUCAGGAAAAAAUAUGGACGCGCAUCUCCACAGAUCAUAUUCUUAGAGGAGCACCCGCUCCUCCUGCUAGAAGAUAUGGCCAUUCAAUGGUGGCAUUUGAUAGGCAUUUAUAUGUUUUUGGAGGAGCUGCUGAUAGUACCCUAUCUAACGAUUUACAUUGUUUCGAUCUGGAUUCUCAAACUUGGUCUGUGGUUCAUCCAGUACCAGAUUCAUAUGUACCUUCAGGACGUCUUUUCCAUGCUGCUGCUGUUGUCGGUGAUGCUAUGUUCAUCUUUGGAGGAACGGUUGAUAAUAAUGUCAGAAGUGGAGAAAUGUACCGUUUUCAAUUCUCCAGUUAUCCAAAAUGCAGUUUACAUGACGAUUUUGGGAAAAUUAUGGAAUCGCGUCAAUUUUGCGACCUGCAAUUUCUAAUAGGACCAGACGAGACCAGGAUUAUGGGGCAUGUUGCUUUGGUGGCUGCAAGGUCGCAAUACUUGCGUACUAAGAUCAGGCAGGCGAAGGAAAACAGGGACAAGCAUUUAGAGAAAUUGUUCGGUACUACGAAGGUACCUUUCAACGAUACACCCCUCGUUCAGGUUAAAUUACCGGAUGCUGAUCCUGAAGCGUUCGAAAUGGUUCUUAAUUAUAUCUACAUGGAUUGUAUAGAUCCUACGAAGAAAGCCAAGAAGGAUGAGGAUCCUUUCAGCAACAGGAUUGUUUUGAGAAUGAUGGAUGUAUACAGAUUAGCAGUGCAGUUCAACAUGGUUAGACUUGAGAACCUAUGUAUCCAAUAUCUGAAUGCUACAAUCUGUUUGAAAAACGUCCUCGUAGCUCUUCACAAUGCUGAUCAACUACAGUUGAAAUUUAUCAAAGAACAUUGUCUUCGUUUCAUCGUCAAAGAAUCAAACUACAAUCAGAUAGUAAUGAGCACUGAAUUCGAAGAUUUAGAUAGAGGACUGAUGGUAGAGGUGAUACGCAGGAAACAGAAGCCACAAAAUAGGAUCAGUAACCCUGUAGACCCUACUCAUCCUGGUGCCAAUGGGUGUUCCUUAGAACAAGAUAUGGCUAUGUUUCUGAUUGCUACAGGAAAGGAAUUUUGUGAUAUCGAUUUGAUUUUAGAUAACCAUGUUAUACCUGCACAUAAAUCUAUUUUAGCAGCAAGAUGUGGAUAUUUCGAAGCUAUGUUCAGAUCUUUCAUGCCUAAUGAUAAUACAGUCAGAAUACAAAUUGGGGAGAUGGUUCCUUCAAAGGAGUCAUUCGACUCUCUUCUGCGAUAUAUCUAUUACGGUGAUGUGAAUAUGCCACCCGAGGAUUCCUUAUACCUAUUUUCAGCUCCAUUUUUCUACAGUUUCACAAACAACAGAUUACAGGCUUUUUGUAAGCAGAAUUUGGAGAUGAAUGUUACCUUUGAAAAUGUUAUUCAAAUAUUGGAAGCAGCUGAUAAAAUGCAGGCUAGCGAUAUGAAAAAAUAUGCUUUGGAUCUGAUAGUACAUCACUUUACAAAAGUUGCAAAACUACCAAAACUGAAGCAUUUGAGUAAAGAGCUUAUAUUGGAUAUUUUGAUGGCUCUAGCUAAUGAUAUGAGUGAAACUAAAACGUGCCAAGAUGUUUCUUCAGAUUUUGCAGGUGCAUUUGGAUAUUCCACUGUAGCAGAUUCUGAUAGACCUAGUUCAUAUGGUCGAUUGGGUUGGUAGAGGACAUAGCACAUUAUUCCAAUAGAUAUAAACAAUUUUCAUUGGAUAUGCAUAAGAAUCUCCUUCAUUGUUGUAAUUUAUAAGUUAUCAAGUUGUGGAUAAAAGGAAAUAUAUACUGUUUUUAGAGUUAGAUGCGAAGUAAAUUCAUCUAUAUAAAUAUUUUAUUUUAAAUAUGUACAUACAAUAAGUGUUCAUUAAAAACCUUUAGCUUGAA